AUGAAACGAACAGUUGAGGAAUUGCUCGCACAAGAAAACAUCAAGAACAGAGGCACACAUAGUGAGAUGGCGUCACCACUGAUGUUGGUGUUUUUUACUGCGCUCCCUGUGGUCCUCUGCUACCAUUCCUCAUUCAUUGACCUGGAAGCUAAAGGAAGUAACAAGUCCUCCAUCAGGUUCCUGGUUGUUGGAGACUGGGGAGGUCUGCCGUAUCCUCCUUAUGUUACCCCUAUAGAGACAGCCACUGCUCGCAUGAUGGCCAAAACCGCUUCCACGAUGGGCUCCGACUUUGUUCUUGCUGUUGGAGACAACUUUUACUACAAGGGUGUAACUGAUGUGAAUGACCCUAGAUUUCAGGUUACUUUUGAAAACGCAUAUACUCAAGAUUCUCUUAACAUUCCAUGGUACGUCAUUGCUGGCAAUCACGACCAUGCAGGAAACGUUCUUGCUCAAAUUGAGUACAGUCAACGAUCAAAACGAUGGAACUUCCCUUACUACUAUUACGAGAUGAACUUCCGCAUUCCUAAAACUGACAGCACAUUGACUAUCAUCAUGCUUGACACUGUGUUGCUGUGCGGCAACUCCGAUGACUUCCUAGACCAGCAGCCUAAAGCUCCCCACAGCGGCGUUCAGGCCAACAAACAGCUGAUCUGGCUUCAGGAGCGUUUGGCCAGGUCUAAGGCGGAUUAUCUCCUGGUGGCUGGCCAUUACCCGGUGUGGUCCAUCUCGGAGCAUGGGCCCACUGACUGCUUGCUGAAGAAACUGAGGCCACUGCUGAGGAAGUACAAGGCCACGGCAUAUCUGUGUGGCCAUGAUCAUAACCUACAGUACCUCAAGGAGUCUGGCAUCGGUUAUGUGGUUAGUGGAGCUGGUAACUUUAUGGAUCCUGACGUGCGGCACCGUAACCAGGUUCCCCGAGGCUACCUCAAGUUCUUCAACGGUGAUGCCGCCACCCUGGGUGGGUUUGCCCAUGUGGAGGUCAAUAAGAAGCAGAUGACCGUUACGUUUAUCCAGGCAAGAGGGACGUCUCUUUACCAGGCUGUUCUUAAGAAGCGUGACGAUUAUGUAAGCGAAGAUGAGGAUUAUGAUUGAAACGUUUAAGCAAAAUGUUUUAAUGUGGUUUUUAGUGUCUAGACAAGAAAUCGGUUGAGCAUUAAAUAUUUAUAGAUGUUAAGGUUUUAGUGCUUUUAAGGAAGAAAUGUGUGGGUUUGUUUGAGAACAUGUGAUGGUUUUAAAAAACUAUUAAAUGACUCCUUUAAACUAAUCUGACUAGUUUCUCAUGUUUUCUUGCCCCAGUCUGUGGUGGUCAAGUCUAAUUGUUGGACUUCAGUCAAUACUACUCAUUACUAUGGCCGGAUGCACAGCACAAUGAGCUGAAACAUGUUCUCAUUAAGCCAUGUUAACUUUCGGUGCCUUCCGAACGGGGCAUUUUGUCCUUCGAAGGGCACUUGUUCCAAACUAAUUGCAAACCUUUUGGUCUCUGACAUUUGUGGUGUUAUGCAGGGUGUGCUUUGGGAUUCCUUGU